UACCGCAGCCCAGUCAAAAGUUGUUUAUGUUGUUUACACACCGUUGUCUGGGAAACGUGUCUCCGCCCCGGGACCAAAACUUUAUUGAAGAGCUGGAAAGAAACUUUGUUCGGCUUUAUCGUGUUCCGUUGCUUUUUUGUCGCUUUUGAUUGUAGUUUACAACAUGGAGAGUAACUUUGUGUCGGUGUUUAAGCUGGAUGGCGUUCCCAUACUACCACCAUUGGUUAACGAUGAGGUGCGUGCUGCCGUGGCGAUUUACCGGCAGAAGGCACUCGAAAUUGAAAACCGUCUGCAGGAGAAGAGAAGGGCCUCGGCCGUAAACAACUGUGUCGUUUCCCAGUCUGCCGAUGAAAACAGCGGUGCGACCAAGGAUGUAGAAGCGGUAUCGACUCUAGACGCGAGUAACACAGCACACAGUCCAACAUCUGAAAGUACUGCCGAAGCACAAACUUGUGAGAGUGUAACAAUAACUCCUGCAGAAGUUGCAAACGAUGGUGAUCCAAUUGCAUCGCUUAAUGUUCUGGAACGAUCGUCUACCGUGGUUCCGCCCUCGCCGAAAUUGUCACCGGAUAAAGUUUGGCGCGGCCAAGAAGAAUCUGGAACCCUCGAAACAAAGGAAAAGGAUGAGAAGGAUGCAAGCAAUUGCAACUCACUGUCCACCCAAAGGUUGCAAUCUGAUCCAGAGCAACCGUCCUGGCAGUCGUCCACAAGAACGGUUACACCAACGUCCGAGGAAGCGUUGCCAUGGUUUCCUUUGGUACGAUCAAACACUUUCAACUUGGAGAAACCCAGUGUAGAUUUGAUGAAUCUGCAACGAGUCGGUCAUUCCACGCCAAUUGAUCGUUCGCGGGUCAAUCCGGUCGUGCAGUCGACGGAUAGUCCCAAACAGCAUCAAAACCCGCCCGAUCAAAGCAAACCAAUCGUAGCGGCCCGUAAUGCAUUUGCAGACAGAGAAAAUACACCCGUAAAAUCCGCAAUCGGUGGAUCUGUAGUGCAGGGGGUUAAUCAAUCAAUCGGAGAGCUGAAGAAACCGGACACGGAUCCAGCAAAAUGCCGCCCGAAACGAAAAACGGGCUCACGCCGGAUUAGCCACUCAUCGGCUGGAUCCGGACGAGCCUCCGAGCGCGCAUUCGAGAGUGUUGCGCAAGCGCUUACCACGCACGAGCAGCGCAUGCUGGAGCUGUUGAAGCGGCAGGAAGAGGAACGGCUGAUGUUGGAGCAAAGUUUUCGCGAAAAAACGCAGGAACUGGUAGCGCUGUGCGCGAAAUCGCUCAAGAUAGACGAAGGCAAUGGUAUGCUGGCAGGCAAUGGGGAGAACCACUUGAGUAUGUCGGUUUCCGGGACCGUUCGCACUAAAACACCGGACCUUCAUACGGCCUCGAGCGUAAGCCAACUGUCGCUGUGCGAUGUGUCUUACGAUUCGUGUACCGAUACGGACGACGCCGCCUACCAAACAUGCCAGGCAAACGGAACUUCGGAGGAGAAUGUUAAUAACAACAGUGAGCUUACGUUGACCGGGAAUCAAUCGUGCAACAACGAUGCUGGAAGGACAAUCCGUUCAUCCGUUGGCCGUACAGCAAACCGCACUCCUGACCGCAAUGGAAACGAAGAGUUUAGUCUUCUGCCACAGCGAAUGUUGGAGCUGCAGCAGCACAGGGCGGCUACCAUUAUCAAUGCUUACGUUCGGGGAUAUCUAACGAGACGUCUGUUCAAAACGGACGAAGUGCAAAGCAUCAAACGCACGAUCGCCGAUAUUGUGUGCUUCAUCAUCAGCUUACAGCCGGAGGGUACGGGACGGAACAGGGACACGAACCAGGCUACUGCAGCCCUUCGUCGCGAUGCCGGCAAGCACAUUGCUCUCUGUCUGGACCGACUGCACGACAUAUUCGUAAACUUUACCACGCCAGAACGUCUGCAGAUGAUCCGGCGUGAUCGCAGUUUACAGCGCAAACCCACACUGCCAAAGCAUCGCCAACUGCAGAGUUCCUAAGCCAGUGUUGCACUCUUUUUGCGAGAACAUAUUUACCCCAUUACCCGCUGAUUACCGCAGCACCGAAAUAAAUCAAACACGUUUCGAUCA